AUGGUUGCUGUAUCAGCCUUAGCCAUUUUCUUCGCGAUCACCGGAGGUGUCCUAGCCUCGGUGGGUGGCACUCAAGACACUAUAGUCUUUGCAAAUGCUGAGCGUCGCAACCUGCACCGGAAACCCCAUCCAAGACGUGCGGACAAUGCGACUUUGCUACUGCCGAUUGAUGUGCGCUUGUUCCCGGAGGUCAAGUAUGGGGAACGCGCGAUGCUAAUGCGUUCGCAGGUUUAUAUGCACGUUAUAACUCCUGGUGACGUCAAAGGGGAGGGAUACAUUAGCGACGCGGCGCUCAGUGCGCAGCUGGAGGUCCUGAACGAUGCGUUCGAACCUGUUGGAUUCCAGUUCAAUCUUCUGAAUACGACGCGCACAAUCAACGAGUAUUGGUACAACAAUCUUUUAGAAGCACGUCCGUCUGAACGAGAGGUAUCGGCAGCUCUGCGCCAGGGCGAUCUCGCUACGCUGAACAUAUACAGUAUGGGUGUCGUCAACACCACAGAGACUGCCUGGGCGACGCUCCCUGCCUCGCAGGUAUCUUACGAUGGCGUCUUCCAGAACAACACAGCAUUCCUAGGGGGCAGCUGCCCUCUCAAUGAGGGAAUUACGCUUGUCCACGAAGUCGGUCAUGUCGCAGACACGCCAAAUCAGCAAGCACCCGAUGCCUCAGGUGGAUGCGAUAUCGGACGCGACUCAUGUCCUGACCAGCCCGGUCUGGAUUCCAUUCAUAACUACAUGUCGUACUCGGACGAUCAUUGUCGGUACGAAUUCACGCCCGGACAGAUCCAGAGGAUGCGAGAGCAAAUGGCCAAAUUCCGCGGUGUCGUGUAUCCUGGCAUCGACGUUAAUAACAUCCCCGAAGACUCGGUCGAGAUUCCACCUCCAGAAGAGUAA